AUAGAUGCAGCAGGGUUGACUGGUUUAUUCAAGGUUCCUGAUAUGGAGGUCGACCACGCCUUGAUCACGGCGUUGGUUGAGCGGUGGCGUCCGGAGACGCACACGUUCCACUUACCCCAUGGAGAAAUGGGUAUCACCUUGCAAGAUAUGGAGGUGAUGCUGGGGCUUCCGGUGGAUGGGUUGCCUGUCACUGGGAAGACAGACUACAAAUGGAGUGAGCUGUGCAAACAGUUGUUGGGCCAUAAACCUCCACCCCCGAUACCAAACUCAAACAAGUCUACCCUUGCUGGGGCGAGGAUAAGAUACACCUGGCUUGAUGCACAGUUUGCCGCUCCCUUAGUUGUGGACGCUGCUGACGAAGUCGUGCAGCAAUAUGCCCGCUACCACCUACUUGUACGGAUGGGGGCCCUCUUGUUCAUGGACAGGUCUGCGGACCGGGUCUCACUGCUGCCUCUGCAGUUGCUCAACCCAGUCAGCAAUGCGAGACGGUAUAGCUGGGGUAGUGCAGCAUUGGCCUGGCUGUAUAGGCAACUUUGUGGUGCAUCGAAGAAGGAUGCGAUGCAGAUUGGAGGAGCACUCUUGUUGGUGCAGCUAUGGGCCUAUUCAAGGUUCCCACAAUUAUGCCCUGUUGUGAGGCCGCCUCUACCGCCAGUGCACUCAGGGCCCCUUGCCAUUAGGUGGAGCGGGCCAAAAUGCACCGCAGAGCAUGCCACACACGUCCUUGCUGCGUACCGGGCGUCACUGGCUAUAGUACGGGCCGAGCAGAUUGUAUGGGAGCCGUACACGCAUAAGCUAGGCUCCCUACCUGCGUAUUGCACUGCUGGGCAGCAUAUUUGGAGGGCCGAGGUGCCGUUGAUAUUCUUUUGGAUAGUGGAGUGGCAUCAUCCUGAGCGAGUCCUCCGUCAGUUUAGGAUGAAGCAACCAGUUCCAAGUGUCGUGGAUACGUCGACUACCCUUCACAAGAUAUCCCUUCAGGGUAAAUGGGAGAAGAACUGGGAGGUAGAACAUGAUCCCUUUAUUCGGCAAUGGGCCAACCGAGUGAAUGUAGUUCGCGGGUCCGAUCUCCUAGACGAUGAUGAUACGUAUCUCGUUGAGUACAUGAUGUGGUACAAUCGCCACACAAGGCGGUACAUAACACCAGAGUCUGCGUAUUGGGAACUCAUGAUUUAUCCAAGUUCGGACGAUAAUUCUAUACCGAGGUGCGAUGAAGGUUUUGACAUGCACACUGACCUUACAUUUACACUAGAGCUUGUGGAGGAGCUAGGCCGACUUAAAUUGGCGAAUGCGCUUGCAGAAGCAGUUGACAUUGAUAGACAGGCCCCAGUUCGUGGCGGGCAACAUGGUGGGUCUCGUGGGGGUGGACAUCGUGGAGGUGGUCAAGCUGGUCGCAGCCGUACGACCGAGUCGGCUCCCAUCUACGAGGAAGGGAAUGAGGAGGGUGUAGAAGAGGCAUGGCUUGGCACUGAUUGGGUACUGUCUGAUGACGACGGCAGGACACCGCGAUGCACGCCUGGCGAUGGUGCUGGGCCAUCCCAUAGCGUCGAUCAUCAGGGCACUGUUCCAGCUUACACUACAUCCCAUGGUGCUAGCACGGACUUUGAGGGCCCUCCUCGUAUGUCGCCCCCAGUUUUCAGUGGAUCUGCCCAUGAUGGUGGAUGCAUAUUUACCCCACCAUGUCAGCUCCAUCUCAAACCGCCCACGGAGAGGCUGUACAGAUUGAGCAGAUACCGGCUGAGGACAUUGAGCCGGUGGAGGCUUUGCGGAGAUCGCGACGCCCGCGUGCGCAUGCUCCCGAUUGCGGGACCGGUGAUGGUAAGAUUAGACCUGUCAGGGCAUAUGGGCGGAAACGAAAAGAUCAUUAAAUGCCUUAGUGUAUGCUUAUACUUCCUGCCUAUAGGUGACUGCAUAGUGACUGGAAUAAGCAUGCAAAAUGUUCUACUAAUUGGGGAGAAUCUUGGUGGCUGUGCAUCUAUUUCUGGAUCAUUGCUUGGGGAGAAUACUGGCUGUCAAUGUGUUUGUUGUCAAGAAAUUGAUAUUUUGGAGAAAACCCAUAAGGCGUAUUGUAUUUAUUGAUGUAUUAGGAAGUUUUUCUGCACUUGGAGUUUUGAUUGCAAUUUGACAAAUGUCUGGAUUGGUAUUCAUUUGAA